CCUCAGACCCUGGUUACACUAUAGUAUAAUGGAAAUAGCUUACAGGGAUGUUUAUUUUCGGUUUCUGUCUUGUGCAACAUAUGGCUCUGGCUCUUCUGUAGCUGGGCGUGCAUGUGCAAUGAAAGAAAGCAAGGCAGCGUUGCGAAGAAACCGGAAGGGGACCACCUGAUCAUCAUCUACGUCAGCUUACCUGCUGUGAUCAUGCUAUGCUUUCAAAAACUGCUGCUGCAGUGCGUUUUUCUAGAAGUGAUAUGUUUAACUGACGAUUACAAGAUAAUACUACCAACAAGUAUAUCAGCACUGAAAGGCUCCUGUGUGGUCAUACCCUGUGAAUUUUCCAUUCCUGAUCAUGAGAAAUAUGCUGAAUCCAUACUUGGCAUGUGGCACUUUGGUAAUUGGGAAUACGUUAGUCACCCUGACUCUUCAAAAGUAGUGACCCGUUUUAAAAAACGUACAGCGCUGAUUGGAGAUUUGCAAAAGCAUGAUUGCUCUCUGAAGAUUGAUGAAGUGAAAGUCGAUGACACUGGUCCAUUUUGUUUUAGAUUUGACGUACCAGGGAUUGUUAAGGGAUCAUAUUCUAAACAUGAGGUAUUAAUACACAUUACAGACUCUCCUGAUGUACCCUCAAUAAACUGCUUGCCAGAACUCAAAGCUGGUGUUGAUUUAGCUGUGACUUGCUCUGUGCCUCACACUUGUCUGACAAACCCCCCUAUUAUUACCUGGAGUUACACCAACGGCACUUUCGCAGUUUACCACAACAAAACAGGGAAUGGAGCAUGGCAAGUGUACUCAGUCCUCAAAUUCAUACCAUUAGCAAGUGACCAUAAGAGCCGUCUGACGUGCACUGCCAAAUACUGGGGAGGAAAGCAAGCAGAUGCCUCUGUCUUGUUAAAUGUCACAUAUCGCCCUAAAAAUGUCAACAUUGAGUACAAAGAGUCUAGAGUAAAGGAGGGAGCCUCUAUUGACCUGCGGUGUGCCAGUGAUAGCUACCCUCCUGCCAGUAGCUAUCAGUGGUACAAUGUCAUUGGAGAUCAAACACUGAGACUGCCGCAAACCAGUGCAACAAUCUAUGUGCAGAAUGUGUCCCGAAAGAGCAGAGCCUUUUUCUGCACUUCGCAGAACAGUGAAGGGUUGACCAACUCUACUACAGUGAGGCUCAAUGUAGAGUACAAGCCGGAGAUUCUGUCGGAAUCAGCCUGUACCCUCGACAUCACAGGACAGCUAACUUGUCAGUGCAUCGUGGAUUCCAUUCCUCCACCUGAGAUUGAGUGGCGUAUUUCAGGCAGCAACCUGAAUGAAUCUAACACCGGUCUGAAAUCAUUCUCCAUUAAUAACAGAAGAGGACAGCAGAACACAGUGACAAAAGUCCUGCAGGGAUGGGUGCCCUUCACAGGAAUCCUCUCUUGCUCUGCCACCAACACCCAGGGGAAAGCCUCAAUGUCAUUCAAACGUCCAAUGAGUGAUCUCUACAUAUACAUAGCAAUUGUUGUGGCUGCUGUAUUGAUUAUAGCUAUUGGGGCUGGACUGUGCCGACUGAGAGUAAAGAGAAACGAGAGAAAAAAACAUGAUCCCAAAAUUGCUUUCGUGAAUAAUUAUGAACAACCUAAGCCAGAAAGAAAGACUGAAACCCAGGAUGAUGUCAUGAAUGACAUUUAUCAAAAUGUUCAGGCAUUUGAAGUAGAUGAAGAUAUUUACGUGAAUGUAAGCGCCAACAAAUGACCACACAAGGACUACAGAAUGAAUCCCCGCAACAAGAAUCACCUUAGUUGGAACAACAAUGUGAAAACAAACAGAAUAUUGGCUCACCGUAAGAGGAUUAGAUUCAUAUUGAAGCGACAGGAUUUUUUUAUGUUUUCUAUCAUCUUGAAUGUUUCUGAUUUCUGUUGUUCCAAUACUGAUUUGUCAGCAUAUACUGUGUUUAAGAAGCCAUUAUUUAAGGCUGCACAAUCACACAUGUCAAGUCACACUCAUUGAAAAUAAGAAGUAAGGAAAUGACCAUGCAUUUUAAUUAGGUAAUACUGAAUCUCACUCCUGAUUUUUUAAAAUCUCACUUUUUUGGCUUGCCUGACCUUGGUUUCUUUGCUUGGGUACCUCCUGAUUCCGAACACAUGAUGUGGUGACACUUCUCCUCCUGGCUGCACGAUACCAGACCAGCAGGGUUGAAAGGUCAACACAAUAUGUUAUGUUUUUUUGGAUUUAGAAAAAAAGGUAAGUGAAAGGUGGAAAAAAGAAACAUUUGAAACUCUUACCAAUAUGUCACACUCAGCUAUUGUAAGGUAAUAAUUGUAAUUACCAUUGCCGCUUAAUCUUAAUUAUCUAAUGAUCUGAUUUACGCAAGCAUUCUGUCCACCAAUUUGACCUAUCGCUUGUGACAGCUUUCAAUUCAAAGCUUUCCAGGGCCAAGCAAAAACUUUAAACAUUUGUACUAUUUUGUGAUGUGAUUUAGUGUUCUUUUCGAUUUGAUUGAUACUGUCCUUUUUAUCUGUGACUGAUUAAAAAAAAAAAAGCUUAUGGUGUGAUUAAUACAAAAAUAAUAAAAUAUUACUGUGGCAGGGCAAAAGCCCUAAAUGUAAAUAGUGUGUGUGUGGGUUGGGGGGUGAUAUAGGUUUGGUAGGGAGGGGGUUAAAAUCCUCCCUGCCAGAAUACAUUGACCCUUGGACUUCUACGAGUGGGCGCCUAAUUAACCCCCUUGGACGUCUCUGAGUGGGCCCCUAAUUACCCCCCUUGGCUUCUGUGAGGGGGUGCCCGUUUAACCCCCUUGGUGAUUCCUGGGCUUCCCCUCCCUGCCAACCCUAUAUUCCCACACACACACUAUUUACAUUUAGGGCUUUCACCCUACCACAAUUACUAAUUCUUCAAUCAAUAUAUAUUUAUUUACAUAAUAAUAUUUAACCCUGUAAUAUCCAAGCAUUUUUUAAAUAAGAAAAGCUGCUUUAUUUAUGUAACUAGAUUCCUGUUCUUGUACAAACCACUUUUUUUUUUUUUCUUCCUGUCCAGCAACACAUAAUGUACUGCAUAUGAACAAUUCUGGCUUGUGAGGCUGGAUUUAAAAAAUAGAGGGAUGUCUAAGCAUUAUAUCAUAUGUGAUACAGAAAUGGGUGUUGCAGGCUUAAUCUACGCCCUAUAUUAAUCAAUGGGAAGAAUAGUGAUCACUUUAUUUGUUGGAAAUGCUGUAUAUCUUUUUUAUCACUUGCUUUUUUAAUAAAUUUGCACUUUUGAACCUCA